AUGUUAAUCUCGAAAACAGAUAAUGAUGAACAAUAAGAAGGUGUUGUUGAUUCAAAAUUGCCAGUUUGUCCUAAUUGUGGUUCUGCAAAAGAAAGUAUUUUAGAAUAAGUACCAUCUCCAGCAUCAUUCAUAAUUUCUUUGAUUUGUCUUUUAUAUUGUGGAAUUUGGUGCAUUUUUAUUAUCCCAUUAGUAUUUUAAUCAACAAAAGUAAUAAUUUAAUAUAAAUAUAUAUAGAUAAUAAUAAAAAGGUGUUAUUAUUGUAAUUCAGAAUUAGAAAAAAGGAAUUAUUUUUAAUUACCAAAUAUAAAUGAUUAAAUUUUACAAUUUAGAUUUGGGAAUUGUAUCAUAGUGGUUUCUAGAAAAUAUGCUAUGAUUUUAUUGGGAAUAAUAUUUAUCAUAUUCUUUUAUUUUAAGUAUAAUGCAGAAAAAGAGGUAUUUGAAAUAGAUUUACAUACAAAUUUAUAAUGGAUAGAUUUUUUAUAAUAUUGUGGGAAGUUUUAAUUUGUUGAGAAUGGACUUAAAGCAAGACAUCAAUUUGAAACUCUUUUUAAAAAUAAAAUAGUUUCAUGGAAUGGGUAUGUAUUAAUUCAAUAUUUUAGAAUUUAUGUCAAAACUAAAUUAAAUUAUGAUAUAUAAUUUCCAUAUAAUUAUAUGGUUUAUAUAAAAAUGGAUCCAACAGAAUCAACAGAUGAUAUACCAGAUAUUUUAUUAGGUGUGAAAUCAUAAGAAUAUUUCAUUGACACAUUUUAAAUGUUAGAAAUUGGAUAAUAAUUACAUUUUAAUGCAAAAUUUAUAUCAUUAGGAUCUGAAUACAAUUUUCAUAUUUUAGAAUUAAAAUAAUUAGAUAUAAUUUAAGAAAAUAUAGUAGAUAUAAAAUAAAUAAAAAAGUUUACUUUAAUAAUGGAUUAAGCAUAAUAAUUAAAAAAAACAAAACUAUAGGAUUCAUUAAAGCGUAUGAUUCAUAUGUAUUAACCAAAAAUAAAUGAUAAUAAAUCUAAGGUUGAUUAAAAUAAUGUUGUGUAGAUGGGAUUAAGUGCUGAAUAAAUCUAAGAUAUUGAAUAAGAAAUUGAAUAAUUAUAAAAAUAAUUAGAAUCAGAGGAAUAAUAAAUAAAUGAUGAAUAAAGUUAAGUUAUUAAUAAUGAUUAAAUUGAAAAUAGCUUAUCAAAAGAAGAAAAUGAUAUUAAUAUGAAUUCAAAGAUUAAUAAUGAAUAAGAGUCAAUAAAAGAUAGUUCAACGAAGAAUAACUUAGAUUAAUAAUGA